AUGCCGACAAAUAUGAUCUCCAAGGUAUUCGAGAAGGCUGUCCUUCCACUGGAUGUUGCACCUGCUGUAAAGAUAACAGCUUCUCGGACGAGCGUGCGUCGCAAUCCAAACAUGGAGAAGCUUCGGAACGGGUACUUAUUCCCGGAGAUUAGCAUGAGACGUGAAGCACACCAGAAGAAGUACCCAGACGCGAAGGUCAUCAGCUUGGGAAUCGGCGACACAACUGAACCCAUACCAAGCAUAAUCACAUCCGCUAUGGCCGAGUACUCCCUUGCCCUAUCAACUCCUGAAGGGUACCAGGGCUACGGGCCGGAGAAAGGCCAGAAGAGUCUGAGGAAGGCCAUCGCUGAGAAGAUAUACCCAAACAUGGGGAUAACAGACACCGAUGUGUUCAUUUCGGACGGCGCGCAGUGCGACAUUGCACGCCUUCAGAUGCUGUUCGGGCGAGACGUAACCAUUGCCGUCCAAGACCCCACCUUUCCGGGGUACGUGGACACCGGCGUGAUCAUGGGGCAGACGGGCGGCGCGGGCGAGUCCGGCCGGUACGCCGGGAUCGAGUACAUGCGGUGCGCGCCGGAGAACGCCUUCUUCCCGGACCUGGCCACCGUGCCGCGCACCGACGUGAUCUUCUUCUGCUCCCCGAACAACCCCACGGGCCACGCCGCGUCCCGGGACCAGCUCCGGCAGCUGGUGGACUUCGCGCGCGGGAACGGCUCCAUCGUCGUCUUCGACUCGGCCUACUCCUCCUACGUCUCCGGCGACCACCUCCCUCGGUCCAUCUACGAGAUCCCGGGGGCGCGGGAGGUGGCCAUCGAGAUCUCCUCCUUCUCCAAGUUCGCCGGGUUCACGGGCGUGCGUCUCGGGUGGGCCGUCGUCCCCGACGAGCUGCUCUACGCCGACGGCACGAGCGUGGCCCGGGACUUCGACCGCGUGGUGUGCACCACCUUCAACGGCGCGUCGAGCGUGGCGCAGGUGGGCGGGCUGGCGUGCCUGGAGACGGAGGAAGGGCGCGAGGCGGUGCGGCGCGUGGUGGCGAAGUACAAGGAGAACACGCGGGUGCUGGUGGACACCUUCUCGGCGCUGGGGAAGGAGGUCUACGGCGGCGACGACUCGCCCUACGUCUGGGUCAGGUUCCCCGGCCAGCGGUCGUGGGACGUGUUCGGGGAGAUACUGGAGAAGACGCACGUCAUCACCGUUCCCGGGAGCGGCUUCGGCCCCGGCGGCGAGGGGUUCAUCAGGGUCAGCGCCUUCAACAGCAAGGAGAAGGUGGUGGAGGCGUGCGCCAGGCUCACCAGCUUCCUCGCCUAG